AUGAAGAAAGCGGUAAAAUGGUUUUUUACGGGUGCAGCCGUGGUUAUAGUUCUGGCGAUUAUAGGACUUGUACUUGGGCUUGUACUAGGUAGGAAGAACAAAGAACCCGAACCAGAAGAACCAGAAACGAAAGUAAUGUACUUUGCGAUGCACCUCGCCGACGAAGAACCUAAGUCCAGAAUGGGCCUUCAGCUCCCAGAAGUUAAAGAAAAAUGCAGUCUUAAAACGAAUGUGGACAACGUUCGACAGUCGAUUUCAUCUAUGACGGACCUGAACCAACUGUACAGCUUCAUUUUAUUCACUGAUGAAGUGAAAACAACUUCUCCAAUGAAAAGCGACGAAGCUAUUUCAAAAUUGAACACUUUAAGAUCGGAAACGCAACAGUCAGCAUUCAGCCAAGCAUCCGUUAUGAAGGAAUUCAUAAAACGGAAACGAGGAAACGAUCGCCUUGUCUAUUUUAUUCCAUGCAGUUUUCAAUACAGAAAUGACGACGCCGAUGUGAAAAAAUUCGUUGAGGAAAUGAAAAAGGCUGGAAUUCGUGACGAAGUACUCAUUGUUUCAAACACGCAACCAGUUCAAGUUGUGAAUGAGGUGUUCGAAGUUAGCAAUGGGAACGCAGCCGGUUACGAUACAGCCAAUAUUGCGCAAAAAAUUUCCGACUUUGGUCAUGGUGUUGAAAGGACCACAACGUCGCCUCCUCCGAUAAGGACGACGCAGAAAAUCGUUCCAACACCUGCCAAAACUACGUCAGAAUCUCCGAGACCUCCGCCAGCACCAACUUCAGGUCCAUCAUCAGGAAUGCGAUGCCUCUUCGUUGCUGACUUAUAUAAUUAUGGAAAUGAUGUCGAUGCCUACGAAAACGAGCUGCUAUUUUUGUCUGAACUUGCACAUGAUUUCUUGAAAGGAAAACUUCAAUCGUCGGUGGCACUGUGGGUUUACGGAUUCACAAAUUACCCCAAGUCUCCUGACCUCAGUAAAACCCAUCGCAAUUAUGAGAAUUUCGUCACAGAACUGAGAAAUGUAGUAUACACUAAUAUAAAGGAUCCUCUAACAACUGGAAGAGCGAUUGAAGUGCUCAAUAAGCUGCAGGAUAACGCUAAACGAGCAAACUGUCUGGUUUUCUUUUCAGCACAGGAAAACACAAAGCUUCUGCCGAUGUUAGAUCCACAAAAUGCGAACUUCGAGCGAAUUGUUGCAGUUGGUUUCAAUAGCACCGAUUUAAACGAAGUGGUAGGAGACCGCGGAACAGCUGUUCCUGUACCUCGUUACUAUUUAGACGGCCAUGUACAAAAUGUUCUGGAUGCAAUCUAUGGAAGGUAUGUGCCAGAAACAACUGAAGAACCGGAGACCACUCCUAAACCUCUACCAUCUACAACACUUAAGCCAAUAAAAACAACAGAAUUACCUGCUGGAAAAAUGCGUUGUCUGCUCGUUGGAGACAUGUACAAUUUUGGCAAAGAAGAAAACCACUAUGAAAUUGAACAUCGCUUUCUCGUCCUUCUCGGAUACGAUUUCUUCGAAAAGUUACCGCAGUCAUCGUUGGGAUUGUGGGCGUAUGGUUACACAAGAUAUAGUAAAUCCCCGAAUCUCGACAAGAUGAAUCGCAACUAUGAAGAAUUCAUCAAUGACAUGGAAAAUAUGGAAUACACUCACACCAACGAUCCUCUAACAACUGCGGGAGCUAUUCAAAUUCUCAAUAAAAUAGAGGAUAAAGCCAAUCGAGUAAAUUGUUUGGUUUUCUUCUCUUCACAACAAAACACAAGAGCGCUUCCAGUGUUAAAUCCUAAAAAGAACUUUGAAAGAAUCGUUGCUGUCGGUUUUAAUGAUACGGACUUAAGUGGGGUGGUAGGACAAAGUGGGACGGCAGUUCGUGUACCUUACCAUUACUUGGACGGACAUGUGCAAAACGUUUUGGAUGCAAUUAUGGGAAAGUAUGUACCAGAGACAACUGAAGAACCGCGGACCACUCCGAGACCUAGGCCACCUACACCGCCUAAGCCAAUCCAAACAACAGAAUCCCCCACUACUGAAAUGCGUUGCAUGUUUGUCGGAGACAUGAUCAAUCUCGGCAAGGAGUCCGAGCACUACGACGUUGAAGCAGACCUCAUCGCCAAAGUCGGUUACGACUUUUUCGAGGAACCUGAAGGAUUAAAUGCCGGACUUUGGGCAUACGGAUACACGAACUUCUCUCGAUCUGUGGACAGUACACUAGAAAAGAUGAGAAAGAAUUUGACUGAGUUCUUGAACGACUUGAGGAAAAUGAACUACGUCUACAUAGAAAAUCCCAUAACAACUGAGAGAGCGAUCGAAGCCAUUAACGAGAUGCAUGACGGUAAAAAUCGAGUGAACUGCUUGGUAUUCUUCACUUCACAGGUGGACACAACCACAUUGCCUCGAAUCAAUCCCAAAUAUGUGAAAUUCGAUAAAGUUGUGGCUGUUGGCUUUGUGGGCAGAGAUGUAAGUCAUAUCGUACCAGAGAAUGGUAUACCACUAGAGAUUCCAUAUAACUUUUUGGAUUUCCAUGUCAGCAGGAUAGUGGAUGCAAUUAUGGGCAGAUAUAAACCACCGCCAACCCAGAGACCACUAACAUCAACUGUGAUACCUACAACUACAUCACAAGUUCCUGCCCUGAAACCAAUUAAGUGUGUUUUCGUUGGAGAUUUAUUCAAUUUCGAAGACGACGUCGAUGCAUACUAUGAGGAAUCAGAACUUAUUAAUAAAGUCGGGCAUGAUCUCUUCGACGUUUAUCCCAACGUAGCCAUCGGAUUUUGGGCGUAUGGACAUACAAACAUUUCCAAAUCUCCGAAUGUAGCGCUUGAAAACAUGAGGAAAAAAUACGAUUACUUUAUGAUCGACCUGAUGGACAUGGAAUACAUAAAGACCGACAAACCUACGUCAACUGCAAAAGCCAUCGAGAAACUAAAUGCACUGCGUGACCCUCAGAAACGAGCUAACUGCAUGGUUUUCUUUUCAGCACAGCAAGACACAACACAAUUACCAAAACUAAAUCCGAUAAGUAUGGGGCUUGAGAGGAUCGUCGCAAUCGGUUUCAAUAGUACGGAUCUGAAUGGUGUUGUAGCAGAUAACGGGGUAGCACUCAGUGUCCCAUAUCAUUACCUCGAGGAUGAUGUGAAUCUUAUUAUUGACGCAAUCCUGGGCAGAUAUAAGCCAACAACGACGUUCGAUCCUUCAAAAACCACUACAACUAAGAAGCCUUCUAACGUCAGUACACCUAAAGUACCAUCUACCACCACCACCACAGCUAAAAAAUCAACCACUACUGCAAAGCCAGCACCGAUCAGACAUGAUUGCCUCUUCGUUGGAGACCUAUACAAUUAUGGAGACAAUGUCGAUUCGUACGACUUGGAGGGAGAUCUUAUUCAUAAAGUCGGACACGACCUCUUCGAUAGGUCUCCGCACUCAUCUAUUGGCCUAUGGGCUUACGGAUAUACGAACUUCUCCAAAUCUGUGGAGACGUCACUCGAAAAGAUGAGAGGAAAACUCGACGAUUUCGUUAAUGACCUGAGGUUGAUGGAAUAUUUCAAGAUCCAGGAUCCAGUGACAACCGUAAAUGCCAUAGAAAAGCUCAACGAAGUGCAAGAUCCCAAAGGACGUGCUAACUGUUUGGUUUUCUUCUCAGCAAAACAAAAUACGAAAUUCCUUCCCCUGCUGUAUCCAAACCACAUGAAUCUUGACAGGAUCAUUGCUGUCGGCUUAAACAACACAAACUUGGAUCGUGUUGUGACAAAACAACAAGUGGCGCUAAGUAUUCCCUUAAAUCAUCUGGAUGAGGAUGUGCAAAUAAUCGUUGACGCGAUUAUGGGAACGUACAAACCAACAUCAACGUUAAAACCUACGACACCACCUCCUAAACCUUCAACAACUUUGAAGCCCACGACAGCACCUCCUAAACCUUCAACAACUAGCGCUAAACCAACCAAGCCUCCAAAUACUCCUGAAUGUCUAUUCGUUGGAGACCUAUACAACUACGGAGACGAUGUCGAUUCAUACGAUUUGGAGGGAGAUCUUAUUCAUAAAGUCGGACACGACCUCUUCGAUAGGUCUCCGCACUCAUCUAUUGGCCUAUGGGCUUACGGAUAUACGAACUUCUCCAAAUCUGCGGAGACAUCGCUCGAAAAAAUGAGAGGAAAACUCGACGAUUUCGUUAAUGACCUGAGGUUGAUGGAAUAUUUCAAGAUCCAGGAUCCACUGACAACCGUAAAUGCCAUAGAAAAGCUCAACGAAGUGCAAGAUCCCAAAGGACGUGCUAACUGUUUGGUUUUCUUCUCAGCAAAACAAAAUACGAAAUUCCUUCCUCUGCUGUAUCCAAACCACAUGAAUCUUGACAGGAUCAUUGCUGUCGGCUUAAACAACACAAACUUGGAUCGUGUUGUGACAAAACAACAAGUGGCGCUAAGUAUUCCCUUAAAUCAUCUGGAUGAGGAUGUGCAAAUAAUCGUUGACGCGAUUAUGGGAACGUACAAACCAACAUCAACGUUAAAACCUACGACAGCACCUCCUAAACCAACAACAACUUUGAAGCCCACGACAGCACCUCCUAAACCUUCAACAACUAGCGCUAAACCAACCAAGCCUCCAAAUACUCCUGAAUGUCUAUUCGUUGGAGACCUGUACAACUAUGGAGACGAUGUCGAUUCAUACGAUUUGGUUGGGCGACUACCUGUGGUGAAAGCUAAGCUCGCCUUGGCACGCUGCUUAGUUUGGGGAAAAAGUCUUUUUGCCACUCCAGCAUAUACACUGCCUCAGUACCCUACACACUGGGCCCUGCCGUCUCAGACGUCGGACGGUAUGGCGACCGGUGAGAGGCAAUCAAAUCUCAGGUUGCUCAGGUCGUCAUUGAUUCUGGACCAAGGCGACACACGCACGACUCGCAAUGGAGACUGUCUCAGACUGUGUACUUACAACGUGAGAACAGUGUCCACAGACGCUGACCUAUAUGCCCUUCUCGGAGCUGCAGAGCGUAUCAAAUUUCACGUGAUUGCUCUGCAGGCAAAACUAGGAAAGCCCACAGAAGAGGAAUACAGGAUUGGAAGAUUUGGACUAGGGGACCGGAAUGAAAAUGGCAAUCGUCUCGCCGAGCUGUUGUCCGCCGCUCGCCUCUUUCAUGAGAACUCUCUUUGCAUGAAAAAAGAUCAUCGUCGGUGGACAUUUGAAUCGCCCAAUGGCGCGACUCGUACGGAGAUUGACCACAUACUCACCAACCGGAGGUGGUGUCUACCUGACGUCUCAGUAAUACCAUCCUUGUGUAGUAAUUCUGAUCACCGUCUCCUUCGUGCGAAAAUGCGACUUAGUCACACGAUGGAAAAGAACAUCUGCUAUCGGCAACGAAGGAGAAAAGAAGUCGUCUACGACGAUUGCGUACUCGAGGACUCCUUGUCCCAAGGUGACUGGCACAUCGAGGAGGACCCAAACGUGGACUACGAGAUGCUGCUCAGAGGAUUACGAGCCUGUGCUGAGCGUGCCUCGAAGCCGCGCACGACAAACUUGGGUCGAAUUUCGAAGACCACCAAGGAAUUGUUGGAAAGAAGAAGGGCUUUGAGGCGUGAUCCGAAUACAUCGCACAUUGAGCGGCAGAAGAAGAUUCUGGAAGCAGCACAAAGAAGAACAAGUCUAAAGAGGUGCCGCAGGGAUCUCCGCGAAUAUAAUAUUCCGCUAACAACCUUGCUGAGCGAAGACGGGACUCGCACGUCUUCUCGUCGUGAGGUGGAAAUCAUUACGGAGAGGUUCUACUCGAACCUUUUCCGUUCAUCAACUGCUGUGUCAAGCCCGAUCAUCCCCACUGGUGAAGCUCCACCACGGAUUCUCCCUUCGGAGUACGAGUCGCUGGAGGGAGAUCUUAUUCAUAAAGUCGGACACGACCUCUUCGAUAGGUCUCCGCACUCAUCUAUUGGCCUAUGGGCUUACGGAUAUACGAACUUCUCCAAAUCUGUGGAGACGUCACUCGAAAAGAUGAGAGGAAAACUCGACGAUUUCGUUAAUGACCUGAGGUUGAUGGAAUAUUUCAAGAUCCAGGAUCCAGUGACAACCGUAAAUGCCAUAGAAAAGCUCAACGAAGUGCAAGAUCCCAAAGGACGUGCUAACUGUUUGGUUUUCUUCUCAGCAAAACAAAAUACGAAAUUCCUUCCCCUGCUGUAUCCAAACCACAUGAAUCUUGACAGGAUCAUUGCUGUCGGCUUAAACAACACAAACUUGGAUCGUGUUGUGACAAAACAACAAGUGGCGCUAAGUAUUCCCUUAAAUCAUCUGGAUGAGGAUGUGCAAAUAAUCGUUGACGCGAUUAUGGGAACGUACAAACCAACAUCAACGUUAAAACCUACGACAGCACCUCCUAAACCAACAACAACCUUGAAGCCCACGACAGCACCUCCUAAACCUUCAACAACUAGCGCUAAACCAACCCCACCUCCGAAUGCUCUUGAAUGCCUCUUUGUUGGAGAUCUAUACAACUAUGGAGAAAAUGUCGAUGAAUACGAACGGGAAGCAAGGUUCAUUUCUACGGUGGUACAUGAUUUCUUCGAAGAACCCCUUGGAUACUCAGCCGGACUAUGGGCCUAUGGAUUCUCAAAAUUCCCCAAGUCACCGGAUCUGAAUAGGAUGAGCUUCAAUUACGAUGAAAUAAAAACUUAUCUUGACGACAUCAAAUAUACGGCCAUAGUCGAUCCUCUGAAAACUUCAAGUGCAGUUGACGCCAUCAAUAAGUUGAAAGACAACGGAAGCCGUGCAAACUGUCUCGUUUUUUUCUCUGCAGAGAUGAAUUCCACUGCUCUUCCCAAAUUGAAUCCUCAGAAUAAGAAAUUCAAACGAAUCGUGGCUGUUGGUCUCAACGAUACGGACUUGAGUAGUGUGAUUACAAGUGAUGGUAUAAGCGUUAGCGUUCCUCUCCACCCGCGCAGUGAAGACGUGAAGAGUGUUAUCGACGCAAUCAUGGGCAGGUACAAGCCAACUUCCAAACCGACGACUACAGUGCUUCCAACGACUACAGUGAUUCCAACAACUAAAACAGUUGCACCUUCACGAUCACCUGACUGUCUCUUUGUUGGAGACCUGUACAAUUUUGAGGAUGAUGAAAACGCUUAUGAACAUGAAGCAGAAUUCAUAGCAGAAGUCACUGAAAAGUUCUUCGACGAAAGUGGCUCGUCAUCAGCCGGAAUUUGGGCGUACGGACAUACGGAUUUCCUGAAAACUGUUAACAGCUCGCUUGAGAAUAUGAGCCGUCACCAUCACGAAUUCCUUCUCCAACUGGAAAAGAUGUCAUACGCCAAGACUGAUGAUCCCUUGACAACCUCACAAGCAAUCGGUGCUAUCAAUGAAAUGUACGACACUGAGAAUCGUAUUAACUGUUUAGUCUUCUUUUCAGCCCAAGAAGAUACAAGAGGGUUGCCGAGAAUUGAACCGCAACAUAUGCGACUAGACAAAGUUGUGGCAGUUGGUUACAAUGAUAGAAACUUAAAUGACAUCAUUCCAAACUACGGAGUAGCAAUCAGUGUCAGCAAAGAAUACGAAGAGAAAGAUGUGGAACAUGUUGUACGUGCGAUUCUGAGAAGGUGA